AUGGAUCCCAACCAAACCUUGGCUCUCCUCCAAGAGAGGAGCAGGGAGGCAGAAGUGAACGGGAGCUUGCACUGGGAGAGCUUGAAGCUCAGCUCGCUGCCGCAGCAGAUCAGGCUCUCCGAGCGACUGGUCUCCAUCAAGCUGAGCAACAACGACCUCGUGGAGUUCCCUUCCAGUCUGCGCAGCCUGAAACUCCUGCAUACCCUCGAGUUGGACGCCAAUCAGCUGGUAAAGAUCCCCCCGGCGAUCGGGGAGUUUCAGUCGAUGAAGAGCCUCUUCCUCCACAACAACUGCCUCGUCCAGAUCGCUCCAGAGAUUGGGCAGCUGGGCAACCUCAAGGUUCUCCUCCUCCAAGGGAACAGACUCCACGAAGUGCCACUGGAGCUGUGCAGCUGUACCGCCCUCACUACCCUCAACCUGCAGGACAACAACAAGCUGCAGUCUCUGCCCAUGAAGGUUGGGAGGUUGACGGGUCUAACGCGUCUCUUCAUUGCCGACGGGAACCUCCUGGACUCCCUCCCCGCCUCCUUCUCCUACAUCGAGACCCUCACACACCUCAGCCUGGCAGACAACAACAUCUCUGACAUCCCGUCAGACUUUGGCAACUUCAAGGCCCUCCACCACCUGGACCUUGCAGGCAACCAGCUCGAGGCUCUUGCCCCUGAGAUCGGCCACGUCAUCAGCCUUUCCAGGGUCAACCUGGCCAGGAACAAGAUCGUUUCCAUCCCCUUCGAGUGGGGCCUCCUCUCCAACCUUUCCGAGCUCGACCUAUCGGGCAACCCCAUCAGCUCAAUUCCCCAGGAGCUGGGUCAGCUUACGGCCCUGGAGUGCUUGCACGUCGAUCGCAACCCCCUGACUUCGCUCCCUCGUUCCCUCUGCCAUCUGACCAACCUGCGCGACCUGGUGGUUCAAUUUUCCAACAACCGUCUGACCUCCCUGCCUCCAAGUCUCUUCGACGGCAUGAAGAGCCUCAGGAAGCUCUUGGCCAACAACAACAGGAUCUCCCGACUGCCGGACAACGUCUCCAGCCUAACGACCCUCCAGCUCUUCAACCUUGACGACAACCAGAUCUCAUCGCUCCCCGACUCUCUCUGCCUCCUGUACGACCUCCAGACCUUGAGCCUCAGUCACAACGAGCUGACGAGCAUCCCGGAUCAGUUCGGGCUGUUAACUGGCCUCGUCUCCUGCAACCUGAGCUCCAACAAACUCCAAGGGCUCCCUGCCUCUCUCUCCAGCCUCGUGAGCCUCCAGACCCUCAACGUACAGGAGAACAAGAUCAAGUCCUUGCCGGACAACUGCAGCAGGCUGACGUCCCUCCGCUCCCUCAACCUCGACAACAACGUCAUCGAGCUCUUGAGCCCCGAGAUUUCCCAGCUGAAGGUCCUGCAGACGCUCAGAAUGAGGCACAACAAGCUGAGAACUCUCCCCUGGGAGAUCGCCCAGCUCGAGCAACUCCGCCAUCUUGACCUCGGGGAGAAUCGUUUGAUGCAGCUCCCUGCUGUGGUCGGCACCCUUACGAGCGUCGUGUCUCUUCUGCUGGACAAGAACUCACUAGAGUCCCUUCCCAACUCCAUCGGCGACUUGACCAACCUUGAGAAGCUGUGCCUGGAGGACAACCAACUCCAGCUGCUCCCUCCCACCUUCCCGAGCUUGUCAUCGUUGACGUACUUGGACCUCAGUCUCAACAAGAUAAAGUUCCUCCCCAACCAGAUAAACCGCAUGAAGAGCUUGCAGGAAGCAUACUUCCAACGCAACGAGAUCAGCAUCCUCCCCUCAAGCAUUAGCUUGUGCACUGGCCUCCACACGUUGAACCUGGCGAACAACCAGGUGCUGUUUGAAGUUUCAAGUCAAGCACUCCAUAUCCUUUAG